UAAUUAUAUGUUUGAUAAUGAAAAAGAAUUUGAAAUAAAAAAUACUAGUAAUAAUAGUCAAGAAAUUAGUUUAGAAAAUUCAAGUUUAUCUUCUGAGUUAUUAGUAAUAGCAAAAAGAAAAAAAAAGCUAACUAAUUACAAAGUAAUUCUUGAAUAUUGUAAUACUUUAUCAACAAUACAAUCUUAUCUUCAUAAUAAAUAUCAAAUAAUUAAAGCUUUAUUAAAAAGAAAAUUAGCUGAAGAAUUAAGAAAAACAAAAUUAUCUUUAAAUAUACAACUAUUAUUAGAACAAACUUUAGAAGUUAUAAGGCUAUAUUCUAAAAGACAAAUACAAAAAUUACAUAUUAAUCUUCUUAAAUUUGUAGUUAAUAGUAUGCUACUUACAAUUGUUAAGAAUAAUAAUUUUGUUAAAUACUCAUAUGAUUUGGAUCCUAAAUAUAAGCUUCCUUGUAUAAAGGUAUUAAAAAAUAAAAUUGAUGAAGUAUAUCAUAAUAGUUUUAUUGCAAUUUAA